AUGUCGGCCAUUACACAAGCAGUUUCACAGACGGGCUCCGCUCAGCUGCAUCCAUUCGACCCUCUUACGCCUUUAGAAAUCAAACUGGCUGUUAAGAUCUUGGAAGGCACAUUCUCAGGCGUUCAAUUGAGGUUCAAGCGUAUAGAUGUGCAAGAGCCUCUCAAAAAAGAUGUUAUUCCGUAUAUCGAGGCCGAAAGGCUAGGCCAAAGUCUUCCUCCCAAGCCGGCCCGUGUACUGCAUACUCUUUUCCAUCGACUUGAUAAUGGCGCUUUUUACAAGGCCUUAAUCAACGCAGAUACCAAGUCUGUUAUCUACGCCAAAGAAAUGCCAAAGCAUGUUCAGGGUCCUAUUGAUGUGGAUGAAAUGAUAGCCAUUGAACAGCUAUGCCUUGAACAUCCCGAAGUUCAAAAGGAGAUUGAAAAGCUUCAACUUCCCGCAGGCGUGACAGUGUGCAACGAUCCAUGGAUUUACGGCACAGACGACCCGGAGGAAAGUCGUCGUCUGUUCCAGUGUUAUAUGUACAUAGUGGAAGUCGACCACCCACAGAACAACCAUUACUCAACACCGGUCAGAUUCUCGCCUGUAUUUGAUGGCCUCACGCAUGAGCUGGUUCGGAUGGAUUAUCUUCCGGCCGGUAUUGACCAUUCUACCAUGGCUACUGCUCCAUGGAAGCCCGUCAAAACUAUUCAGUAUGCACAUGAACUUCUUGACGAACCGCUAAGGACGGAUCUGAAGCCAUACAUCGUACAGCAACCCGAAGGACCUUCAUUUAAUGUGGACGGCAACCUAGUUACCUGGCAAAAGUGGCGAUUCAGGGUUGGCUUCAAUACCCGUGACGGACUGGUGAUUAACAAUGUCACGUAUGAUGGUCGUAACUUGUUCUAUAGGCUGUCGCUUUGCGAAAUGACAGUGCCAUAUGGAGACCCCCGCAAACCAUUUCAUCGCAAGCAAGCCUUCGAUGUCGGCGAUGUCGGCUUCGGCAUCACCGCCAACCAGCUAUCUCUCGGGUGCGACUGUCUAGGCCAUAUCAAGUACUUCAACGGCUGGCGAACAGACAGCAAUGGCGAGCCGGUGUUCUUGGAGAAUGUAAUUUGCCUGCACGAGCAAGACAACGGCCUCCAACACAAACACACCAACUACCGCACAAACUCCGCCACGGUCGUACGCAACCGUCAAUUGGUUGUCCAGAUGAUCUGCACCGUAGCAAACUACGAAUACAUCUUUGCCUACAUCUUCGACCAAGCCGCUGGCAUUGAGCUCGAGGUCCGCGCCACCGGUAUCCUGUCCACUUCCCCCUUGGAGAACGAGAACGGCCAGACUGUUCCAUGGGGAACAAACGUCGGUCCUGGCGUGGUAGCCGCAAACCAUCAACACAUGUUUUCCUUCCGCAUCGAUCCUGCCAUCGACGGCUUCAAAAACACCGUCAUCUACGAAGACAGCGUCGCUAUGCCCGAAGACGACAACAACCCUUACGGCUGCGGCUACAUCUCCCAAGAGACUAUCCUCAAGAAAUCAGGCACAGCACAAACCUCUGUCGAACGCCACCGCGUCUUUAAAAUCCGUAACGACAGCGUCAUAAACCCGAUUACUUACAAACCCGUUGCAUACAAACUGCAAACAUCGCCCGCUCAAAUGCUUCUCAUGGGUCCCAAAUCAUUCAAUUACCGUCGCGCAGAGUUUGCGUCGAAACCCAUCUGGGUUACGAAGUUUCAGGAAGAGGAGCUGUAUGCUGCGGGGGAGUUUACGAAUCAGAGUCGGCAGUCGGAGGGUGUUGAGAAGUGGGUUGCAAGAAAUGAGACGGUGGAGGAUGAGGAUCUUGUUCUGUGGCAUACAUUCGGCCUCACACACAACCCCCGUAUUGAAGAUUUCCCCGUCAUGCCAGUCGAGAAAGUGAGCGUUAUGCUCAAGCCCGAUGGCUUCUUUACUAAGAACCCGGCUCUGGAUGUGCCUCCUUCAGUGCAGUCGUUCAACAAAUCUACUCUGCAUAGCGAUGCUGCUGCUUCGUGCUGCACGGGAUCCAGCAUGGAUAAAGCCAAGUUGUACAAGAGGGUAGACUAG